AUGACUUUCAAACAUAUCAUCACUUCAACUCCAAGAACAGGAGUCUUCCAAAUCACUUUAAACAGACCAAAAGCUUUAAAUGCUUUAAAUUCUGCAUUGUUUACUGAGAUUUUAACAGCUCUAAGAAAAGCAGAUUCUGAUAUUGAUCAAUAUGGUGCAGUUGUCAUUACAGGUGGUGAUCGAGUAUUUGCAGCAGGUGCUGAUAUCAAGGAAAUGUUACCAAUUGAUUCUGCUCAGGCAAUGUCUCAAGAUAUGUUAUCUAAUUGGAAAGAUUUCAAUUCAAUUGGAAUCCCUAUAAUUGCUGCUGUGGAAGGUUAUGCCCUUGGUGGUGGUUGUGAAUUAGCUAUGAAUUGUGAUAUUAUUUAUGCUUCAAACAAGGCUGUUUUUGGUCAACCUGAAGUUAAAUUAGGUGUUAUUCCAGGUGGUGGUGGUACUCAAAGAUUAAUUAGAGCUAUUGGUAAAAGUAGAGCUAUGGAAUAUAUUAUAACUGGUGAUAAUUUUUCAUCAAUUCAAGCUGAACAAUGGGGGUUAGUUUCUAAAAAUUUUGAACCAAAAACUGUUAUUAAGAAUGCAUUAGAUUUAGCUGAAAAAAUUGCUAAGGGACCAAGAUUAACUUCAAGAUCAUGUAAAAAAGCUAUUAAUAUUGCAAAUGAAACUAAUUUACAAAAUGGGUUAGAUUUUGAAAGAAAUAUUUUCCAUUCACUUUUUGGUAAUUAUGAACAAAAAGAAGGUAUGAAUGCCUUUGUUGAAAAAAGAAAACCAAAAUGGUCAAAAUUAUAA